UGAUGCUGUGAAGGAAACAGGAACAAUCAUAGGUGAUCUCACCUCUCCUUUAUUUUAUUACAGGAAAAUAAUCUCAACAAAUGGCCUUGAGGAACCACAGCACCAUCACCCAGUUUAUUCUCACUGGGCUGUCUGACGACCCCCACAUCCAAGCUCUGCUCUUUGUAUUAUUCCUGGGAAUUUACCUCCAGACACUACUGGGGAACCUGACAAUGAUAUUAGUGAUCAGGACUGACUCCCACCUCCACACGCCCAUGUACUACUUCUUGAGUAAUCUAUCAUUCCUAGACCUCUGCUUCUCUUCUGUCACUAUGCCCAAGCUCCUGAAGGACCUCCUGUCUGAGAAGAAGACCAUCUCAGUAGAGGACUGUCUAGCCCAGGUCUUCUUUGUGUUUCUUACUGCGGGAAAUGAAGCCUGUCUGCUCUCAGUCAUGGCCUACGACCGUUAUGCCGCCAUCUGCCACCCUUUGCUCUAUAACCAGGUGAUGAGCAACCAGCUCUGCAAGGGGCUGGUGUGGGGCUCCUGGGGCCUGGCCUCUCUCAAUGCAGUCAUCAUUGUGCUCUUGGCUAUUAACCUGGAUUUCUGUGAUGCUCAAACCAUCCACCACUAUACCUGUGAGCUUCCCUCCCUCUUCCCUCUGUCUUGCUCUGAUAUCUCCAUCAAUAUCAGUAUCUUGUCCUUCUCCACUAUAUUCCUCGGGCUUGGAAACUUCUUCCCAAUCUUCUUCUCCUAUGUUCAUAUUAUAUUCCACAUUCUGAGCAUCAGCUCCACCACAGGCAGGAGCAAAGCCUUCUCCACCUGCUCCUCCCACCUCAUCGCAGUGAUCCUGUUCUUUGGCUCAGGUAUGCUUCGCUAUCUCAUGCCUUCCUCUGGUUCCUCCCUGGAUUUGCUCUCUUCCUUACAAUACAGUGUGAUCACACCCAUGCUGAAUCCCCUUAUCUACAGCCUAAGGAACAAGGAAGUAAAGACAGCUGUGAAAAGGACACUGGGAAAAUAUUCGCAAUAUUUUAGGCAUUGAAGUAAGUUACAUUUACUCAUCAAAACUGCAAAGAUUGAGCUUUGUCUUAUGUUGUCUCUUCCUUCUCGCGCUCAUUGCUCUCGCUCAGUUGUUUCCAUCUCUUUUAGAA